AUGCAGGCACUGCGUAAACUCGGAGAUCUGCGGUCCUUAAAAGACAGACAUAUUCAGAAUGGAGAUACUGUUUACUCCAUCUUUACGCCAAAGGAAAAUCUGAAACAUGCUCCACAGGUCCCAAAACGAGACAUUGGUGACACCUUUGGAGACGACGUUGUUCGAUGCCACAUAAUGCUCAAGGGAGAUUUUGAGGUGUCAGUGAACUUUGCAGGUGAUACCAUCACCAGCCUGCGACUCAAGCUGGCAAAUGAAAGUGGAAUCCCAGCACAUGUCCUCCAUCACAGAGGUAAACACAGUGCUGGUGACACCCUGCGGAGUUGUGGAAUCUCUGAGAAGUCCACAGUCUUCUUCUCUCUGUCCACCUUUUCGGGUGAGACUCCACUGAAUGAGACUUUCUUCAUAAAUGAUGUUGUGCCUUCAGUGCAGCAGUCCCAGAUUGGGAUCAGUACGUUCCUGUCUUCGCUUUGUGCUCUGAAAAAUCAUUGCACAAAAGAACAACUGAAGAAACUGAUCUCCCACAUACGGAAACUGACUGGAUGUAACCCUCUUGCUCAAAGUUUGCAUCAGUUACUCUGCAGGAACGAAACCAUAACCAGGAAUCAAAAGGUUGCAGUUGUUGAAGGCUUGUACCUGCUCUUCAGGGAGCUUUUACCUCAACGUGGAUCACAACGAGGCGGGAAGAUCAUCGAGGACCUGGAUGUCUUUGAGAAUUCACUAUGCUGCUGGGCAUAUAUCAAAUCAGAAGCAGCAAAAGUGACAUCAGACCAUGAGAACUACGCACUUAUCACUCUCAUGACUGAACAUGGCAGCCGUUUCUGUGAACCUGUCAGAGUGCCUGGAGUACCUGGUGCCUUGGAGCGAGCAGAAGUUCUCCAGAAAAUUAAAGACGGGGGGAAAAUUCCAAAUUGCACUGAAGAGAUUUUACGAGAAACAUCUUUGCAGAGAGCCAGUGACAUGGAGAAACUCUUGCUCAGUUUGCCUCCGUUCAUCAAAACAUAUGCUCUGUGGCUGGACCAUAACAAGGCGAUUGGUCAAAACUUUCAGAUAAACAUGGAGAAGACUUUUGGAAGCAUGGUGGAAGAAUUAAAAACUCCCUCAAAUCAAUGGCUCAAUGUGACCCCGCCUUUACAUUUGAAGGAGCUGGGACAGUGCAAUAAUCGCCUUGUCCUGCUGAGUGAAGACAACCUCGGGGUGUGCCUGUACAAAGACAAAGGAUCCAGUGAUUCAAUCAGAGUGCGUGAUUGUUUGAGUGGCAAAAACAAAAUAGUGGAUGUGAAUUUGCUGGCAGCCAGGACUGGUGAUCACAGAGAUGACAGAACAUUUGUCACAACCAGGACACCAACAGAAGCCAUUCUGGUGCUGAUAGACACCAGCUCCUCCAUGGAGGAAGAGUGCUAUGGAAGUGCUGAAAUAAAGAAGAUUAAUGCUGUGAAAGAGCUCUUUGACAACUUUGCCACAAGGACCAUGGCUUAUGAUUUUCAUCACGUCAUUGGCCUCGUAAAAUUUGACUCCAUGGUGAAGACUCUCCACACAUUUACUGAAAAUCUGGAAAAGUUCAAGGAGCACAUUCGUAACCUGGAGGCAAGUGGUUGUACUCUGCUGUAUGAUGCACUGCGACGUGGCGCAAUUGAGCUGGAAAAGGUUAAGGCCAGAUUUCCUGAGUGUAGACUCCGCAUCAUGUGCCUGACUGAUGGGAAUGAUUCUGGAUCCUCCAUAGAGCCCAUCCCUGUUACAACCCGACUGCUAAAAUCAGACAUUGUUGUGGAUUCGAUCCUUCUUGGAAAUGUGGAGAACAACAUGCUGCAUGGAAUAAGCAAUGCAACAGGUGGCUGCUGUUUCAAACCAAAGACAACCAAAGAGGGUCUGAAGCUCUUCGAGAUUGAGACCGUUCUGUCUUUGGAGCAGAGGAAACUGAAGGAAAAACUCGACUCCUCUUCCAUCAGUAAGAGUACUUUGUUAGGCAUCUUCAAAACUCACGGGUACGAUGAAAGUCCAGAGAUUUUGCUGCCAAGUCAGAUAAACAGCAAAGUGACAGUGACUGAGAGCGCUCUGAAGAAGAGGAUUCAGGAGUCAAAGAAGUCAUGGGUUCUGGAGAAGGACAAACGUAUCCUGGAGGAGCUGAAGAGUCUGCACUGUGAUCCACAUCCCUUCAUCAAAGUGUUCCCCUCUGAGUCCGACUUCACUUUCUGGAAGAUUCUCAUGCAAGGCCCUCCUGACACACCAUAUGAGAAAGGAGUGUUUGAGCUGUACUGCCAGUUUGGACCUGACUACCCUGUGAAGCCUCCACUUGUGCGCUUUGUCACACCUCUCUACCACUGCAAUGUCAACAGUGUGGGCCGCAUCUGCCACAACAUAUUUGACCGCAACUACAAUGCCCACAUCACCAUGAGAGAGAUCCUUGAAGCAGUAUAUGGACUGCUCAUAGUCCCUGAGCCUGACGAUCCUCUGGACAGCAUUCUGGCUGAGGAAUUCAUGACGAGCCAUGAGGUUUAUGAACAAGAGGCCAAGAAACAUACAGAGGAAGCUGCAGGGAUCUCAAUGGAUGACAUGGAGAAAAAAAUGGUGGAUCCAGUGGCACAGUUCAUACCUCAACAUCUGAUCUGCCCACUCACAAAGAAGAUGUUCAUUGAUCCUGUGAAAACUAUCUAUGGCACCGUGUAUGAACGCAAGGCCAUCGAGGAACACCUGAGACAACAUCAGUAUGAGCCGCUGGCAGGACCGGGACAUGAGCUUGAGCUGACCGACAUGAUAGCAGACCAGGACAUGAAGAAAAUGGUGAUGGAUCAUCGUUCACGUCAAAUUAGUUAGUUCUGAAUUUAUCGUAACUGAUGGUGUUUCUGGAGGCACUUUAAUGCAGAUUCUGCUUUUUUUGAAGGGAUAAAUCAAUACUUGUGUGUGUUAAUACUUCAUUUUCUAAGUCAGAGGAAUAAUCUUAUUGAUACAUUUACUUGUGUUUCAGUUGUUUAACAGAAGAUUUGAAAUUGGACAAGUUUUCCUUUUUCAAACUUUUCCAUGGGCUCUUAUGUUUUGAGUUGUUGUUUGUCUUUACUUUGUUUUUCCAUGGGAUUGUAUUUCUUUAUUAAUUGUUUUAUCAGUAAAAAA